AUGGAUUCGCCUCAGUAUCAAGAGCUCGGGCGCGUGUCGCAAGAGCAGCCGCCGAGCGAUAGCGAAACGGUCCGAGCGGCAUGGAGAUUCCUGGCAGGUUUAUCAUCGAAUUUAGCGCUUGUAGGGCCUUGUCUAUUUUCCAACCUCAUCGGUCUGCUGAACGUUGUUCUCAAUAUUCUCUGUCGAAACUUACUUCCCAUCAGUGGCUUGGAAACUGUGGGUAUGGCUCUUGCCGCCGGCUCUGCAGUCGUCUACGCGCUGUGCGCAUUAUGGACCUACGGAAGAGACAUCGCCGACGAAAUACGAGUUGACAUAUCCGACCGCACAACGGUACCUCCCACCGAAGAGGAGAUGCAACGACAACAGCUCCUGCAGCUUCUUCAAGAGAACAAGAGUAAAAAGAGACUGGGCUCCAAGGAUGUUUUUACCAACACUCGUCCUCUCUGGCACCCCCCUGGAGCGCGGGGCAUCUACGGAGGUGCGGCAAUUGCCCAGUCGCUCGCCGCCGCGAUGCGGACGGUCCCCUCCGACUUCGCUGUCCACAGCAUGCACUGCUACUUUGUCCUCGCCGGCGAUUCCGAAAUCCCGAUUCUGUACCAUGUCGAGCGAGUGCGUGACGGAAGGAGUUUCAUAACCCGUACUGUUCAAGCUAGACAACGGGGUCGACCGAUUUUCACCACCACUUUGAGUUUCAGCCGGGCGAAUAGCGGCGGGAAGAAGAAACUGGAACAUGCAACGUCUAUGCCUGCUGUGACACUGCCGGAUGAUCAUUCACCGGGCGUGAAGAAGAGGUUUAUGGACACUGAAGGCGGACCAUUCGAAUCGCACAAACUAGGGACUGUCAACCGGGAAUCGGGCAAUCCUGAGGAUAAGCGAAUCCGACGCUGUAAUCGAGCACGCGGAACAAUCUCCGAGGCUGGCGGUCAUCACGCCCAUCUGUCUGCCCUUGCCUAUGUGACCGAUAGUUAUUUCAUUGGAACUGUGACGCGCGUUCACGAUAUCCCUCGAUUUUCCUCCCCCGCUGAGCUCAAGGCAGUCUUGAAGGCACUCAAGAAUCCGUCCGACUUGGAUAACGAAGAUAUCGCGCGAGCAUUCAAGGAGUUGAAGGAAGAGGAGACCGCGGAACUGCGCCGUCGGCUGGAGGGAGCCUUGAGUAAAGCUGAGGAUCCGAAAAACAAGGGGAAACACAAGGAAGUUGGCAUGAUGGUCAGUCUUGAUCAUUCGAUUUACUUUCACAAUCCUUGGGCGUUCCGCGCGGACGAGUGGAUGCUCACGGAGAUGGAGAGCCCUUGGGCAGGCGAGGGAAGAGGAUUGGUUCUUCAAAAGAUUUGGUCUAAAGAUGGAACAUUAAUCGCCACAUGCACACAGGAGGGAGUUGUGAGAUUGAAACAAGACGAACCUCCUCGGUCCAAGAUAUAG